CAGACUUCCGUCCAAUCACGGAAAGGGUGGGCGGGGCUGCCCUCCGUCUCGCCUGCGCAGAAGGGACCAGGUUUUUCCUCCAAAGAGCUUGAACCUGCGCUGUUUACAUUGCUGUGCCAUUCCCGGGAGGGAGAGCGGCGGCUUCUUUCGGCAGGUGUACGAGGUUCAGCAGCACAUUCCAAGAUGUCUCAAUGGCAACGAAUUCAAAUGCUGGACAAGGUUCACAUGGACCAGAUAGAUUUACUCUAUUCAGAGGACACCUUACCCAUGGAAGUGCGUCAGUAUUUAGCCUACUGGAUUGAGGAACAAAACUGGAACCAAGCAAUAGAACUGGGCCCCUCACAAGCCAGCUGUCUUUUUCAUACCAUGUUGUCUUCACUGGAUGAUCAGAUCGGACGCCUGGCGUUGGGCGAAGAGAACAAUGCUAACAUGUUACUCAAGCACAACUUGCGCCGUUCCAAACUGCAUCUAUCGAGCAAGUAUCAAGAACAUCCCCAGGAACUAGCCAUUGCCAUUGAGGCUCUGUUGAGACAGGAGAAAGCAAUACUGUCCGAAGCCUUUUCUGCCUCUCAGGCAAGUGUGGAUUCUCCAUGUGAUUCUCCUGUACCUACCAGCCACCAGCAUAAGAUUGAGGAGAGGCUAAUGGAGAUGCACAGGACAGUUCAGAGUCUGAAAUGUUCCAUUGAGCAACACGACGAUCUGCAGGAUAAUUUUGAUUUUUCUUUCCGGACGCAUAACUAUUUAGAAAAAACCUGUCCCGCUAGUGAACCUAUUCGGAGUAAAACAAUUCAGAACUUACAAAGCAUGUUAAAUAAGUUGAACCACUUCCGUCAGGAGAUGCUGAGCCAAAUCCAUGAGCUUCUGGGACGCUCUGCUACUCUAAGAGAUUUGCUUCUGGAGGAGGUAUUGCAAUGGCAAGUUCGUCAGCGGUUAGUUUGCAUUGGAGAGAAAUAUGAUACCAGCUUAGGGCGUCUGGAAGAAUGGUUUACUAAGAACGCUGAGAUCCUCUUCCAAUUGCUGCACCUAUUAAUGAUGCUGAAAGGGAUGUACGAUAAGGUGACUUACCACACAGAUCCCCUCAAGGACCAGUUGCCCCUUCUGGUCAAACGGCUUCAGGAGCAAAUAAUCUGCCUCUUGAAAAGUGCUUUUGUAGUGGAGGUACAACCUAAGAUGCAAGUUCCCAAUAAACGCCCACUGGUGCUGAGAACCAGCCACAAGUUCUCCGUCCGGGCCAGACUACUAGUAAAACUGCUGGAUCGAAACAAAUCCCCGGAGGUGAAGAUUGACAUUGACCGGGAUGCUACAGAUUUGACCGGGUUCCGGAGGUUCAAUAUUUUGACAUCCAGCACCAAAACCUUGAUGAUUCACGAUCCCCAAAAGCAAGGACUCGUUUGUGAUUUUAAAUACAUUACACUGAAAGAACAGAAAAUCUCUGGUACAGGGAAAGGCAACAAAGGGAUUAGUGAGGGAUCGUUGCCUGUCACCGAAGAAUUGCACAUUAUCACUUUUACCCUGGACUACUCUUAUCGAGGUAUCGAGUGCCAGCUACAGACAUCCACCUUGCCAGUGGUGAUAAUUUCCAAUGCCAACCAGAUCUCCAGCGCUUGGGCUUCCAUUUUAUGGUUUAUUAUGCUCAGCAGAGAUACUAAGGACCAACUGUUUUUUUCCAAACCACCAGCUGCCACCUGGGCCCAGCUUUCCACUGUAUUGUCCUGGCAGUUCUCAGCAGCUACUGAACAAGGCUUGGAUAAACAUCAGCUCAAGAUGCUGGGAGAAAAACUCUGUGGGCCAGGCGUGAACUCACAGAGUACCAUCACAUGGGAUCAGUUUUCAAAGGGAGCGACUGCGAGCUCUCCAGAGGACAAUAAUUUCAGCUUCUGGACCUGGAUUGAUGGGAUCCUACUCCUGAUUCAAGAACAUCUGCUUCAGCUCUGGAAAAAUGGACUCAUCAUGGGAUUUGUGAGCCGCAAACAUGAAAAGCAUUUGCUGAAGAGGAAAAUAGCAGGCACCUUCCUGAUACGUUUCAGUGAGAGUACCUCCAGCGGUGGGAUCACCUUUACCUGGGUAGACUUUAACAGUGAUGGUUCUCCCAAGUUCAAUUCAGUUGAGCCCUACACCAAGAAAGAACUGCAGUUCCUCUCACUGCCCGAUAUCAUCCGAGAUUACCAACUCUUUGCUAUCGAGGCCAUUCCAGAGAAUCCACUCCUCUACCUGUAUCCUGACACUCCACGGGAUGAAGCUUUCGGUUCUUACUACGAAGAACGCCAGAAAGUAAGCACGACGGAACAAAGAGAAUAUUUAAACCGCCGCCUGAUCAGAGUCUCCACGCAACCAGGAGAGACUCAGAUGUCAGAUGUAAAUGAACCACUCCCUAUAAGCAAGGAGUUGGUAACUGAUGAACUGCAGAAUACUGAGCACACAAUGAAGAACUUUCUGCUUGACAAGGAAGAUCCUUUUCUUUUCCAGUCAAAUGAAGAGCAACAGGAACCUUCCAGCCCCUUUGAUAUCCCACAGUUGCGGGUGGAUGACCCAGACUUCCAAUGCCUGCUCAAUCUUGAGGGUACAUAUUAUGACACUCCUGGAAAUGAUAUUGAUGAUUUACUGAUUCUUUAUUCUAAGGUAGAAGUAUAAGUCUGUAGGUCUGUGUCUGUAGGAUACACACACAAUUCUCCACAUGUCCUUUAUUCCCCCCAUUCUUUCUUGCCUAUAAUAUACAAUCAGGGGCAUCGGCAUGUAGGAAAAUAUACUCUGAUUUCUCUUAACUUCUCUCCAUAAAUCUUUGGACAAAAGAUAUAAUUUACUAGAAUCUAGAAAAGUAGUGGGGAAAAAGACACCCAGGAAUAUAAAAAUGAUGUUCUCAUUCAAUUAACUGGGUAGACCUUUUGAAUUAAUGGCUCAGCAUCCAUCUAAGUCAGGGGUGUCAAACUCGAUUUCAUUGAGGGCUGCAUCAGGGCUGUGUUUGACCUCAGAGGACCGGGUGUGAGUGGCUGGGUGGGCAUGUCCAUGGUGGGCGUUUGACACAGGCUCAAGAGGCAUUUUUCCCCUUCUUUCUUUCCACAGUUCUUUACUAUAACCAUUUUCCUAUCUCUUCUACCAGAUAUUAUGGGCAAAUAUUUAUUACUUAUUCUUCAUACUCCACCAAACUUUUUAUUUCUAAAUUUAUACCCCAUUGUUUAAUAAUAAAUUGGUUUUCCAGGCAGAAAAGCUAUACUAUUGUAUUUUUAUUAUUCAACUACUAAUAAAAAUACAAUAGCUUACAUAACAUGAUAAUACAAGAUCUAACAGCAGAGGUAAAUUUCCAGGAUAGUAAAUAGAAAUAGCUGUCAGUUAGAUUGUUGAUUGUAGAUUAAAUGGACAGCGGGCCUGUCCUUUGAUAUUUCCAGGCCGUCCUCAUGGGCCAGAUUUAAGACCCUGUGGGCCGAAGCCAGCCUGUGGGCCUCGAGUUUGACACCCCUGAUCUAAUUUAUUAGCAGGUGUGUUUGUUUUAAAAAUAAAAUAUCAUAGUUGUUGCUUGUAGAAUUAGAGUUACCAUGACAGUAACCAAUGACUAAUAUUGAGCUUUCAUUUCUGUUUGCCUUGCCUCUCAGCUAUAAAUCUGUAAAUAAAUAGAUGCUACAAAACGUGGCUUCAGUCUGCAUUCUUUAUGGGAAGCUGGCCCGGUCAAACUGUUCUGGAAUUUCCCAUCAUUUGGAGAAGUGGCAACUGUACUUUGGUAAAAUUGAGCAAAUAUGAGCUACAUCCACACCAACCCUUUCCUCAAAUACGUGUGUGUAAUUUUUGCUAUCCUCUGCAACUCUGGGGUCUUUUAUUCACUCCUU